CACUACUCCACUCUCUCUCCACCCACCAAUCCCUCACUGACUCUGUCAUGGAGGGUCUCAAGGAGAUUCAGAAGCUGGAGGGCCACACUGAUAGGGUGUGGAGCCUCGCGUGGAACCCACUCUCCGGUCUCGACGGAGCCCCCCUUAAGCUCGCUUCAUGCAGCGGCGAUAAGACCGUUCGUAUUUGGGAACACAAACCCUCCAACUCCUGGGAAUGCCAGGCAGUUCUGGAUGAUCCGCACACCAGGACCGUCCGAUCGUGCGCUUGGUCGCCGUCCGGGAAGCUACUGGCCACUGCCAGCUUCGAUGGCACCACCGCAAUUUUUCAGGACGUUGGGGAUGAUUAUGAGUGCGUUUCGACUCUAGAGGGUCAUGAAAAUGAAGUGAAGAGUGUGUCUUGGAAUGCGUCUGGGUCUUUGCUUGCGACUUGUGGGAGAGAUAAGACCGUGUGGAUAUGGGAGGUGUUACCCGGCAAUGAGUUUGAGUGCGUUGCGGUGUUGCAAGGCCAUACACAAGAUGUGAAAAUGGUUCAGUGGCAUCCGACUAUGGAGCUUUUGUUUUCGUGUAGCUAUGACAACACUGUCAAGAUAUGGGCGGAUGAUGGUGAGGAUGAUAAUUGGGUGUGUGUGCAAACGUUAGCUCAAUCUAACAGUGGUCACUCUUCUACUGUAUGGGCUCUAUCGUUUAAUGCUACUGGAGACAAAAUGGUUACCUGCAGUGAUGAUCUUACCUUAAAGAUAUGGGGAACAGACAACGGGAAGAUGCUAUCUUCUGAUGGCUUUGCACCUUGGAGUCAUCUUUGCACUGUUGCGGGUUAUCAUGAUAGGACAAUAUUUUCAGUUCAUUGGUCAAGGGACAAUAUCAUUGCCAGUGGAGCUGCUGAUGAUACCAUAAGAUUCUUUGUGGAGAAUAAUGAGUGUGAUAGUUUGGUUGAUGGACCUUCCUAUAAUUUGCUUCUGAAGAAGAAGGCCCAUGACAUGGAUAUAAAUUCGGUGCAGUGGAGCCCUGUGGAGAGUAGGCUUCUUGCUUCUGCAGCUGAUGACGGGACGAUUAAAAUAUGGGAGCUGACAUCUGUAAGCUGCUGAAACCUCUUUGUUUUGGUAGCAGAAAAGAACUGUGUAACUGCAAAGAAAGUAUCAUCUGUAUGUCUCAGUUAGCGAAGUCUCUAUUCCUUGUGAAGUCGAUACAAUGAAUCCUUAUGAGAACGAAGAUGGUGAAGAUUGAAGCUUACAGUAUAAUUUAUAGGAGAAACAGUAUCCUUCUGCAGCCAAUAACGGGACAGUUAAAAUGUGAGAGAUAACCUCUGUAUGCUGCAGAAAGAACUUCUUCGCUUCUGGUAGCAAAAAUGAAGUAUGAUUGCAAAGAAAUUAUCAUGUGUAUGUCUCAGUUAUUAGUGAAUUGUACCUUCUAUUUAUUGUGAAAUAGAUGUACUGAAUCUAUAUGAGAAUGAAGAUGGUGAUUUUUUUUUUUCUCAGAGGAAAUGAAGAUUGAUUACAGUAUGGUUUAUAGA